AUGUCGACGAUUGCGGACUCCGUCAAACCAACUUACAUAUACAAACUCGUCCCUUCCUCUUCUCCGGUCCCUGAACCCCUUCCCGAACGCCUCCCCGUCAGCGACAUCGACCAGUCGAGCGGCUUCGUCCACCUUUCCACCGCGCCGCAGGUGCCGGGGACGCUCAAGUUCUUCUUCAAGGACGAUCCAAAGGUGUACGUCUUGCGCAUCAAGUACGACGACGUGGAGGACAAGAUUCGAUGGGAAGAUCCGAAGGCGGAGGUUUGCGGUCCUCGGGGUGGAGAGGGAAUGUUUCCGCAUCUGUAUAACGGCCUCAAGUUGGGCAAAGAAGAGGUCGAGAGCGUGGCAGUAUGGGAGAGGUCUGCAGCAGGAUGGGAUGAGGCGUUGACCAAAGCCCAGUCCUGGCUUGUUUACUAG